AUAUCCACCCGUCUUACAAUUAUUAUUUGUAUGUCUUUAAUAUGCGGGAAUAUACACCCGUUUCACAAUUAUUUUUAUUUUAAUUUGCCUGUAUUUUGCACAGAAUUUUUUUAUAUAUUGCCUGUUUUAUUAAUAUAGGACUUUUUAAUUCGGCCGAGCUCUUUAUCCGGCUCAAAGGACCAACUCUCAUAAACUCAAAUAACCUUGCGAUUCUGUACUGUGGUACAGUGUCAAGUCUCUAAAUUUGAGAUUUUGAGUUAAAGACAGUUUUUGAGACUUGAGACGAUUUUGUUAUUCUGUAAGUGACAGUCACAAAAUGUUUUACAUUUCAUUAUUCAGAGAUGUUUUUACAAUUGAAUGAAAAUAAAUAUGACGAUAACAAAUAUUAAAUUUUCUUUAGCAUCGUCAAAAAAUAUUACCAUCAAUAAAAAUAAAUACAUAUGUUGACUUUUGCUCAUAACAUUUACGAAAUUUAUGUAAAAUUUAUUUAUUUUUAAUCUUUUCGUAUUUGAGAUUCUUACAAAAUAUAAAAAAACGACAAUCGAUUAAUAUCUAUGUUGAUCUCUAUUCAGUAUGUUCAAAAUGGCGGACAUGAGUUCUUUUUAGUUUUGUGACCCGCUAACUAUUAGGUCUCAAAUUUGAGGCCAUAUUUUGAGACUAACGCUAGAGACUGUUUAGUGAAUAGUAACUAGUCUCAGAUUGAGACUUUACCUCAAAAUAUUUCAAAUAGAGAAAAGAGACUCUUUGGAGAAUCCCGCUAUAAGUAUCAUUAACUUCUUACUGCUGGUGAGGGAAAAAUAAAGACUUAUUAUAUUAUUAUAGUAAAAUAUAUUUUUCAAUAUAAACUUAUAAAUGUAAAAAACCGAAAAAUAUUUUACGUAAAUGUUUUUAUUUCCGAAUUAAUUAUUAAAAUACGCGUUUAUCGGACUAUGAUUUGAGGGCAUGCACCUGGAAUGUCCGGUCCCUUAAUUGGGAAGGUGCCGCUGCACAGCUGGUAGAUGUCCUCGUGAAAAUAAAGGCUGACAUCACCGCUGUCUAAGAAAUGCGAUGGACGGGACAAGGACAGAGACGAGUAGGUCCUUGUGACAUUUACUACAGUGGUUGGAUUCGUGGUGGGAGAGAGACUCCGUCGCCGAGUACUAUCAUUCACUACGGAGAAUGAACGUCUAGCCACAAUGCGCAUCAAAGCGAAGUUUUUCAACGUAUCGCUGAUUUGCGCCCACGCCCCGAUGGAUGAGAAGGACGAUGUGACCAAAGCUUUUUAUGAGUGCUUGGAGCGCACUUAUGAGAGAUGCCCCCGCCACGAUGUCAAAAUCGUGCUUGGUGACUUCAACGUCAGGGUGGGCAACGAAGGUAUCUUUUUCACUACGGUCGGUAAAUUCAGCCUCCACGAGGAAACAUCCCCAAAUGGGUUGAGGCUGAUCGACUUCGCCGGGUCCCGAAAUAUGGUUAUCUGUAGUACAGGAUUCCAGCAUAAGAAGAUACGUCAAGCUACCUGGCUGUCUCCGGAUCGGAAAACCACCAACCAGAUCGAUCAUGUUGUGAUAGACGGAAGACACGUCUCCAAUGUUUUAGAUGUGCGUGCGCUCCGAGGUCCUAACAUCGACUCGGACCACUAUAUUGUUGCAGAAAAAAUUCGCACUCGCCUCUGUGCAGCAAAAAACGCACGCCAACAAACACAAGGAAGGUUCGACGUCGAGAAGCUGCAAUCACAACAGACAGCCAAGCGAUUUUCUACUCGGCUUGCACUCCUGCUCUCUGAGAGCACUCGUCAACAACUCGGUAUAAGGGAACUGUGGGACGGCAUUUCAAACUCCUUACAUACAGCUGCAACCGAAACCAUUGGUUUUCGGAAAGUGCAAAAGAACAGCUGGUACGACGAGGAGUGCCUUGUCGCAGCGGAGAGAAAACAGGCUGCCUACCUCGCAACGUUACAAUCGACCACAACACGUGCGGGAUGGGAUAGAUACCGAGAGUUGAAGAGGGAAGCGAGACGCAUUUGCAGACAGAAGAAGAAAGAGGCCGAAAUGCGUGAGUACGAACAGCUCGAUAAGCUGGCCGACAGGGGUAAUGCUCGAAAAUUCUACGAAAAAAUGCGGCGGCUUACAGAAGGUUUCAAGACCGGAGCAUACUCCUGUAGAACCCCCCAAGGUGAUCUAGUUACCGAUGCCCAGAGCAUACUUAAAUUAUGGAGGGAACACUUCUCCAACCUGCUGAAUGGCAGUGAUAGCACAACACCGGGAGAAGGCGAACCCGAUUCCCCAAUCGAUGACGAUGGAGCAGACGUUCCAUUUGAUUAA